AUGCCAUCAACCUCAACAUCGAGCGAACAACAAUUUCGAGAAUCCCUAAGAUCCUUUCGUUGGGCUUCUAAUUCCGGCGGCACAUCAACCACGAAGUCUACAACGCCCCUGUCGAGACUGACCGAAACUACGUCAAACUUUUUCGGCAGCGUCAGUAAUAGGGUGCAAGGUUAUGUGCCUUUGACCGGAAACGCAGAGCAGGAAGAGGGGUGGUUUACUCUAACAAGGUGGCAACGUCUCGCCGGGUUUGCAGUAUGUCUUGCGACAGCUGCUCUUUGUUUCAUAAUCACGGACAACAAAGGCUUAGUUUUACUAGGACUCAUAGCAUGCUGUUUAUUUGCUCUUGGACAAGCAAGCGACAACACUCCCGAUGCUAAGAAUGCUAUUCCUUUGCGAACUCACUCUCUAUACAUGCCCUAUAUUGACCAGGAACUACAAAAUCGAUGGUUUGACUUUGGAGGAGAUGCUGUAAUCAAUACUAAUAGACACGUGCGUCUAACUCACGAUCGUCAGUCUCAGUCGGGAUGGUUAUGGAGUCGUCUGCCUUUGACUGCUACCAAUUGGCAAGUUGAGUUUGAAUUCAAAAUCGAUGGAUCCAAUCCUGUACUAUUUGGGGAUGGUAUGGCUGUAUGGUUUACCAAACAACGCACUCAGUCUGGUCCGGUCUUUGGGUUUAUGGAUUAUUUUGAAGGCUUGGGCAUCUUUUUUGACACUUAUGCUAAUUCUAGACAGUCGCAUUCGUUUCCAUAUGUAAUGGCUAUGAAAGGAGAUGGCAAGACUUCCUAUGAUUUGGCCAGAGACGGUAAAGCCAAUGAACUUGCUGGAUGUGAGGCCGAUAUUCGAGGCAGACAACUCCCAACUAAAGCUCGCAUAAAUUUCUACAAGGAUAACUAUCUCGAGCUUAAAUUGCAUUACAAAGACUGGGAUCAAUGGGAGCCAUGUUUUACUCUUUCGAACGUCUCACUUCCGACAGUCUACUAUCUUGGGUUUACUGCAUUGACCGGAGAGGUUUCUGAUAAUCACGAUAUCAUAAGCGUUGCAACGAACAAUAUCAUAGCCCUUCCACAAAGAAUGAAACAUCCUGAGGUGGAAUUCAAUGCACUACCAGCAUUCCUCAUCAAGCUGGACUGGUCUUCUCUUUAUGUUAAAGCUCAUUGCUACGGUUGUCUUUAUCGGAAUACUAAUUAUGGUAUAUAG